AUGGACACGAACCCGGCGCAAUAUCACCCCUUGCUGUUUUGGCAUCAGGAUAAAGACAAGGCCUUCAUUACAGUAAAACUCACGGAUGUUGAAGGUCCGCGAAUGCAAAUUGGCAAUGCCUCGGUUGCCUUCAAAGCCCGCGGAAUGGGCGCAAACGGGUUGCAGGAGUACUCCUUCCAAUUGGAUCUAUACCAACCGGUCGAUGACGAGGAGUCUGACUUCAGGGUGACCGAUACGAGCGUGAACAUUGUGCUGGUGAAGCGCAAUUCGGCGGUUUGGCCCCGUUUGACCGAGUCGAAAGACCGUUUGCCGUGGCUACGGACGGACUUUGAUCGACUCUCCGAGGAUGUCCUGAAGGCGAUGUUCGCUGGCGACGGAGACGACGCCUGGGAGAGCGACGCAGACGCCGAUGACUCGUCGCCCAAAACCAGCGUCAACUUCGUUCGUCCUUCUGCGGAAGAGCUUCGGAAGAGAAAUAUGCAACGAGUCGAGGAAAUUGCAAGGGAACAGUACAAUGAAUUUUUGAACCGGGAACUAACUUGUUAUCAAACUAAAACUCGCGGUAAAUGGGCCCGCGAGACGCGCAAACAGAAACACACUUCGAUAAACACCCUUCAUUCCAAUGUUGUUUUUCUUGCAGUGAUAAAGAAUCCACUGGUUUUCUACCUGCUAAUCUUCAAUAUUUUCCAGUGGGCCGGGUACCUGUACGUGUUCGGGGUGCUCGUCACGACGUGGUGGUCAGAAGGCGAGGGUAUGUGGUUUACUUUCGCAGUGAGUAAGCGACUGAAUGUUUUUUUCCUGUCAUCUGGGGAUUCCAGGGUUCAGACAAACGCGACCUUUCUUGAACGAGCGAUGAAAUCUCGUGCCUUCGACCUCGUCGCUGACCGCUUGAUUGUUGUGCAGGUGGCUGCGUUCUUGGAAAUUGCUCACGUCCUCCUUGGUUGGGUUAAAGGCGGCAUUUUGCCGAAAAUUAUGCAGGAGUUUGAGGCCCUAAUACUGACCAAUCUCUUCGCUUUCACUCGACCUUGGCAAAUGCGAGCCCAAGAUUCUGUUCCCCAGUGGAUCGAAUCACCCCCUAUUUCACUUCAUCAGAUCCUCAUAUCCCAUUCGGGGAUCUCCUCUUCUUGUAAAGCUAGCUUGCGUGUGCAGGAGUGGUAUCAACUACGUGUCCUACGCCGUCUUAAGACCUAUCACCUGUGCGUCGACAGCAAAUUCAGACUCGGUUUCGAAAAAAAAGGCAUCGGCUCACUUGUGGUGGUCGUUACUACGUGUGCCAUGAGCUUAGCUGCGGUUCUUUGCCUUUACAGGUACCCCUAUUAUGCCCUGCGCCUCUUCGACGAGGAAAUCGGGCUUAUUUCGUACUUAAGGUACACCCUGUGGAUUCCCCUCUAUCCGCUUGGCUUCAUGUGUGAGGGCAAGCUCAUUAUCCUCUCCAUGCCACUUUUGGAGAUGUCGCGGAAGUUUUGCCUAGACAUGCCAAAUUGGGCAAACGUAUCGUUUGAUUUCCCCAUCUUCCUUCAUGUCUAUGUCCUUCUAAUGCUGCCUGGUGAGUUUACCUGUUAUCAAUGGAUUCAAGGGACUGGCGAUCUAAAGUUCCAUGCUUUUGCCAUCAGUAGUCACAACUGGCUCAUGUACUCAUCUUUAACUGGAUUCUUCAUUCUGAUGCAGCACAUGUACUUGCAGCGCCGGAGGAAAAUGAUGUCCACUGUGGGCACCCGAGCUGGUCGUUUUAAACCAUCGCCUCGCUGA